AUGGCCGAUGAGGAUUUGGCUAUGAGGGAGAGAAUCUUUAAGCGGUUUGACAUCAAUGGCGACGGCCAGAUAUCCUCUGCCGAGCUUGGCGAAACCUUGAAGCAAUUGGGCGCGGCUACUCCGGAGGAAAUCCAACGCAUGAUGGCUGAGAUCGACACUGAUGGUGAUGGCUACAUCUCUUUCCAGGAGUUUACCGAUUUCUGUAACGCCAACCGUGGGUUGAUGAAGGACGUUGCUAAGAUAUUCUAA